AUGGAGGAAAUCCGACGCGCCGCGCUUGAGCAGGAACAGUUGUUCAGGGUUCUUCAGAUCUCGGAGAAGCUUGAACUGAUCAAUACCCCUUUUCUUGACCAAGAACAUCUCGAUUAUCUAGGGGUUGCCGUGCGCCAGCCACUCGAUGUCGACGACGACGGGACGCGGGAUUUCGACCCCCGCUUCUUUGAAUCAUGGCUCCCGGAUGAGCUCGUCGCCGAAGUUGCUUGCGACGAAUUAUGGAUGGAUAGACUCGGACCAGACAUGUCCCCCGCAGAAUGGCGGUUUGAGGAUUACAAGUUCAGAUGGUUUCAGCACUGUCUUGAACAACUGUACGAGAUGGACAACGAGAUCUGGGAUCCCUGGUUCACUGACGCUUUGGAAAUCAGACAGUGCACGGGGCUGGCCCUCCCGUUCCGCCAGCGGCUAAUGCCUGAGGAGUAUUACCUGCCGGUGGCUGCCUUUUUUCCCGUCGACAAAACGAAGCCGCAUGUUGCGUGCGUUAUGGCCGACUCCAACGUUGCGCCUGGUGAUCAGGUCCUGUAUAGCGAGGUCCAUUCCGCCGUCCGGCUGGUCAGGUUCCGGCUAGAGCAGGGCCAACACACCGGACAUCAUACCAAACCCGGGAUGCUCUACACGCUCCAUCGCGACCUGUUCGCGCGCAUCACGCAGGUACACUUCGACGGCAAGUCCAGCAAGCUGGUCCUGCGCCGGUCGCGGCGGCUUGACCUGCGGGGACCCGAGCCCCCCAAGGACGCCUACCUGCUGGUCCGCUGGGUUGCGAACCGCCCCGUCGGCCAGACCGAGUACGUCGACGAGCCGGAGCCCGACGAGUGGACGACGACGAAGGACUCCUCCAACACGGCCCCCAGGAUCCUGCUGGGAUAUGCAUCAUAA